AUGGGGAUGAAAAGCUCACGACCACAUGUUUCGAGAAGAGGGAUAGUCUUGUGUAUCCCACCUGCAUUGUACUGGUUAGCCAAGAUGGUUGCACAUGAAUUCACUGUGGACUUAAGUAAACCUCUUGUCUUCCAGGUUGGCCAUCUUGGUGAAGCUUAUCAGGAGUGGGUUCACCAGCCAAUUGUCAGCAAGGAAGGCCCUCGGUUUUUUGAAAGUGAUUUUUGGGAGUUUUUGACACUUACGGAGUGGUUUGUAAUUCCGCUCAUUUGGCUCCCAGUUGUUGGCUGGUUCAUCUUGAAAUCCAUUCGAAUGGACCUUACAAUUCCUCAGGUGGCAUUGUUUAUGGCAUUUGGCAUCUUCAUUUGGACAUUGCUAGAAUACACUUUGCAUCGUUUCCUUUUCCACAUCAAGACAAAGAGCUACUGGGGAAACACCAUUCAUUAUCUUCUUCAUGGUUGUCAUCAUAAGCACCCAAUGGAUGGUCUACGCCUUGUCUUCCCUCCUGCUGCAACCGCUAUUCUCUUGGUGCCAUUCUGGAACUCGAUAAAAUUUUUAGCUACACCUUCUACUGCUCCUGCUAUAUUUGGAGGUGGUCUAUUGGGUUAUGUGAUGUAUGAUGUAACCCAUUACUACUUGCACCACGGACAGCCGACCAGUGAAGUACCUAAAGGACUCAAGAAAUAUCAUUUGAAUCAUCAUUUCCGCAUCCAGGAUAGAGGCUAUGGUAUCACUUCCCCACUCUGGGACAAGGCCUUCGGAACACUACCUCCAUUGAAAUUGGGUAAGAAGAGUAGAUAA